CGCGCCUCAGGCGAUGCUGCUCCGGAGCUUGUCCCUGGGAGGCCGGGCGGCGGCCGCUGCUGCGCGGGGCCCGGGGCCACCCUCCAGCUGGGACUGGUGCCAAAGGCUGCCUAGGGGCGGCAGCAUUCUUCACAGUAUUGGAGUGCAUGACGGCCCCAGAGAGUUCGGGAAGGACCAUACGGAGGUGGGCUCCCAAGCAGGUGCAGCCGACACUGGGCAGCCGAAGUCCUCCCUGCCUGGCGGGGGCCCCUCCGAGCCCCGGUACCCACCGCCGCCUGAGCUCCAGCCCCCCACAAACUGCUGCAUGAGUGGCUGCCCCAACUGUGUGUGGGUGGAGUACGCAGACGCGCUGCUGCAGCACUACCAGGACGGCGGGAAGCGGGCCCUGGCCGCCCUGGAGGAGCACGUGGCUGACGAGAACCUCAAGGCCUUCAUCCGGAUGGAAAUCCAGCUCCGCGUGAGGAGUGGAGGCUGAGCCCUCACCCAGACAGCCUCCUCCCGGGGACGCAGCACGGCCUCCUUUUUCCACGGCCCCUUUGUGCGGGAACGGGAAGAAGUGUUUGUGGACUUUCCGUGGGAGUAAAUAAGUUCUCUGAGGUGGCUAGA